GUUGGCCGCAUUCAUUAGCUCAGCUCUUACAUAAAUAAAUCCCAAUUCGAAAAAGAAAACCAGAAAAAUACUUACUGCCGCAUUUCGAAUAUGGAUGAGCGUUAUGUCUUCAAGAUUCUGAUGCUGGGCGAUGCGGGUGUGGGCAAGACGUGUCUGCUGCAGCGCUUUGUGGAGAAUCGUUUUACCGGUAAUUACAAGUGCACGGUGGGCGUGGACUCGAAGAUACGGACCGUCGAAAUCUCCGGGCACAAGGUGAAGCUACAGAUCUGGGAUACGGCCGGCGAGGAGCGCUACCGUUCGAUGAUGAGCUCCUAUUACCGACACGUUCAGGGCAUCAUUUUGGUGUUCGAUACAACGCGUCGCCGCAGCUAUCAGAGCGUGGACUACUGGCUCAAGGAGAUUGACAAGCAUGCGGCGACAAAUGUGCGCGUCCUGCUGGUGGGCAACAAAUGCGACGCAUUCCAGGGCCGUCAGGUGUGCCAACAGUCGGCGGCCAUCUAUGCCGAAAGCCUGGGCGUCGCCUAUGUGGAGGCCUCCGCCGUCACUGGCGCCAAUGUGGAGCGUCUGUUUGCCAAUCUGGCGGUCAAUAUAUUCGAUACACACGUGGAACGCAAUCGGCCGGGCACAGUCUUUCCGGCUGAAGACAAGGAUGCUGUUACUCUUAAACAAGCCACUGGAAUACGCGAUUUCUGUUGCUAAGCUUCAAUUAUGCUCUUCUCUCUUUUGCUUUUAUUACAUUGAAAUUGCAUAUUACACCCCUCUGCCCCCACACACACACAUACACAGCCGCCCGCACAACCAAAAACUGCCCCUGUUUCGGCAAAGGCAAUCAAAGCAUGCGCCAAUUGCCCGGCAACAAUUUGCUUGGGCUUACUUUGAUGUCCUGACCCCCCCCCCCCCCCUCUCGCCCAGCAGCUCGUUAAACUGGACGUCGAUCUAAUCCGUGUGGGCCACAAACUAUUUACAUUUGUCUACAGUUUGGUCAAAGCGUUCCUUAAGUGGCCAGUAUUAUUUAUAUAUAAUUUGUUUUAUUUUUAACAGAUUGCUUAACUCAAACUUAUGUGUAUUGAGUUGUAUAUCAAAAAAAUUAAUAAUCGUUAGUAAAAAUAUAUGAGCAACUGCAA